AUGAGGUGUAGAGGGGUACGGCUCAGACGACCGCCUACGCGUUCGGCAGCGGUCGUGUGCCCGCUCACCUCACGCCACAGCGGCCGGGCCCGGCGCCCGCCGCGCCCGCUUUUGCCUCCGCGGCCACGCGCUGCCUUCGAGCAUACCCGGUGUUCAUGGAGUUCCGAAUUACGAACAAACCAUGGCACAUUGGCCAUGGUCCAAGAAUUUUAUUUUCUUGGCGUUGGUUACAAGGGGAGUCCAGUUCUGAGGGUGAAGGUCACAUGGGUUUGGCCGACUGCUUUUUGCCCAUCGCAGCUUUAUUCUUUUAGGGCUUCCUUAGGAUGCCACACAGGAUUCUAUGGCAAAUUCCUUAGCGAAGUGCCACAUGUGCCAGAACCUUUGUGCCAAACUCAUCAAAUCCUCGGAAUCAAGGAAGAGCAAGCAAUAUUCCUUUUGUUCCAGGGUGCUCCUUAUGUACUCGCAGACUCUUUACUUGCUCUUGUCCCAUGCUGUCUUCUGAAGCCAAUUGGUGGUCCGGUAUGA